AUGUCCGUUAUUAUGGCCCAACUGUGGUCUCCGACCAUUGACCUGCCGCCUCUGACGGUUGACUUGGGAUAUGGGCUGUACACGGGCGUCCGCAACCUGUCGUCGGCACUCGACGUGUGGAAGGGAAUACGAUAUGCGAUGCCGCCCCUGGGACAGCUUCGCUGGCAGGCACCCAAGCCACCGGCGACCAACCGCAGUCUGGCGCUGGCCAACGCCUUUGGGCCAGCAUGUCCCCAGGCGCUGCCCUCGGUUCCGGGCGCGCUGUUCAUUCCCGGCAACGAAGACUGCCUGUUCCUCAACGUUUAUGCCCCACGAAACCAGAGUGCCAAUUCGAGCCUCCCGGUUCUUGUCGUCAUCCACGGUGGCGGCUACGGGCUAGGAGACGGGUCGCAGGACCUGUCUUCGUUUAUUAAUACAAAUGGAAAUGCCCUCGUAGCCGUCUCGAUUCAGUAUCGGCUCGGAGCAUUUGGGUUUCUAGCAUCGCCCGAAAUCAAAUCACGCGGUGUGCUCAAUGCCGGCCUUUUGGACCAGCGCUUUGCACUGGAGUGGGUGCGUAGCCACAUCGGCAAGUUUGGAGGCGAUCCAGACCGAGUCACGGUGGCUGGCGAGUCGGCGGGCGGAGGCUCAGUCUUGAUGCACGCGACUGCCCAGAAUGGAACGCUGGGGACACAGCUAUUCAAGAACUUGAUUGCAGCUUCGCCAUGGAUCCCGACGCAGCCAUACCACAACGACGCGGUCACCGUGAAUCAUUACUACACAUUCUCGUCCCUGACUGGCUGCUCUGCUCCUGCACGGGGAUCCGUCUUUGACUGCCUGGUGUCGAGAGACUCUCUGCUGCUGCAGUAUGCUGCGAAUCUGGUCUCGACGAAUGCUCCCACUCCUCACGGGAAUUGGGCUUUCAUUCCCGUUACGGAUGGCUCAUACGUUACUGGGCCACCAAGUUCCCAACUUGGACAGCGCCAAAUCAACGGAUGUAGACUGCUAGUUGGGAACAACUCAAACGAGGGGUCGUUGAUACCACCGUCAAACAUCGUGACACAAGAUGAUUUGAUUGCGUGGCUCAAGUCAAACUUUCCCAACCUGUCCGACAGAAACGUCACAAACAUCCUGGCGGUCUACCCAAGCAGCCGGGGUCCUGUCGAUCCCUCUUCCGCCAGGUACGACACGGAUGGCUACGGACCUGGCACUGCGGUGAAUAUCAGCCAGGUCGCCACGGGGCAGCAACAGCGAUGCUAUAACAUUUAUGCCGAGGCGUCGGUCAUCUGCCCAAGUUACUGGUUUGCUACUGCCUUUACAGGCCAGGGCCGAGAAGCGUACCACUAUCAGUAUUCGGUGCCAUUUGCAGUCCACGGCUCGGAUAUCGCGGCAUACUACGGGCCGCCGACGGACAACCAAGGCCCAGACUUUGUCACUGCCUUUCGUAAGAUUUAUGGGAACUUUAUAAUCAACGACAACCCAUCAAUCACAAACAUCGAUGCAAACGGCCUGUCAUCGGUGAAUCCGACCAAACCAAACCCAGCCAGUAACUGGCCACUCUGGUCCCAGGACGCCCCGGUUCUGGUCAAUCUCAACGAGACGGGAGGCACAGCCUACACGGCAAUCUCGCCGCUUGGCAUUCCAGUGACGCAGUUCAGAGGGCCGGGCAUGUUCAACAACAUCACCCUGGCCGAUGCCUACCAGUGGGAGGGCGGCCGGGGCCGGCGAUGUGACUUUUGGAGAGACCUCAGUCCUUUUGUGCCGCAGUGA